GCCUGAGCCCCUGCACCCAGUUGCACUCCCUAUUUCUUGCAUUUUUUUUUCUCUUCCCCAGCUGUCUCAUCUCCCUGGUCCUUCCCCCACCACCGCUGUGUGGUUCUGUCCUCACCCCUUACCAAAAGAAAUUAAAAACAAAACAAAAACCACAAACAAGAAGAGAGGAAAAUAAUGAAAUAACACAAGCGGGCACUGGACAUUUACUUGUGUCCGGUGCUAUACUAGACAUUAGAAAUUGGCAGAGGAUAAGGCACGUGCAGUUCCUGCAUCAGUGGACCUCAUCGGGGAAGCCAGAUACUGUCAGCCAAGAGAUGGGAAGAAGCAAGGUGGCCUGAGAACUUUCAGGCGGCCCCCACCUGUCUAGGGGCCCUAGAAGGCUCUUAGCAUUUGCGCUGAAACCUGAAAGGGUGAAGCAGCAGGCAUCAGCUGGGGAAGGGGAGUGGAGAUGGAUGCCCAGCCUGUGGAAGACCCAGACCUAACUGGGAGAGCCUUCCUCUUUGGAGGAAGUCAAAGGAACCCUGCAAGGGUGGAAUGGAAAAGGAAAGGGACAUAUGGAGGGGCAAAAAAGGUGAAAAGGAGACUGGGACCAGAUACAGAAGGGCCUUUUGGGUCUGCUAACAACUGGAGGACUCUGUCCUAAAGGGGCCCACUCCUGCUUAAAAACACCAUGCAUGCAGACUGCUUCUGGGAGCGUGACAGUUGGCUGCUGGAGAGAAAGGGGCACUGGCACUGAGAGACCUCCAGACUGGACAUGGCCCUGAGCCCAGGGGCUAACCUGGUCUUCCAUGAAGACCCAAAGAUGACACCAAGUCUCCCCUCCUGUGGGGCCCCAGGAUUAGGGUCUGGUACCAUCCCUCGGCCCCACCCAGACACGGCUCAUGUGCCUAUGUUGAAUCUACUCCCAAGUCCUGGCUUGGCUCUCGUUCCAGAUCUUAAUCCUUCUCUGAGUCCUGUCUCAGGGGAGGCCUCGGGCCUGGUGCCUGAAAACACCCCCAGACCUGAUGACAGCAGGGCCAUAACUCCAGCCUCCCUCCAGAUCACCAGUUCUUGCUCUGGUGAAGCCCUGGACCUGGAUUCCAUGAAUGUCUCAAGGCCUGAAUCACAGGGACACCUCUGUCCAGCCUCAAACCCCAUUCUGAGUCCCAGCUCUACUGAGGCCCCUGGUCUGAGCUCCGGGAACCACCCUCAGUCAAAUUCUGAAGAUGCCUUCAAGUGCCUCUCAAGUAAGAUUUUUGAGUUGGGUCAGAGAAACUCCAACCCUUCUAGGCAUGAAUUAAACCCAUUUAUAAGGCACCAUUCCAGAGAAGGCCUGGUUCUGGGUCACUGCAUCUCUAGGCCAAGCUCAAAAGCAUUCCUUAUUCCAGCCUCCAACUCUUCUCUCGACCUUGACUCCAAUCCAUUGCUCAACAUGGGCUCAAGAAACACCUCCAAGCUGAACCUGAAUGUAGCUCCAGAUUCUCGUGGGACCCUAAUCCCAGACACAAAUGAGACCAUCACUUUGGCUUCACAUAACAUCUCUGGGUCUGUUUCAAAAGGAGCCUUUAGUACCACCUGGAGCACAAGUUCCAAGGGAACCAUGAAUGUGGCUUCCACCGGCCACCCCAGAUCUGAUUUGAACAUGACCAUCACUCAAGCCUCAUAUGUGACCCUGAUUCCUGGCUCUAGUGAUGGUAUCAGCCUCCAUUCCAGCACCCAUGGGCCCAACUCCACCAUCUCUCCACCCUCAUGCAUGACUCUAAUCCUGGGUUCCAAUGAGACUCUGAGCCUGGACUCCAGCCUCGUGUUCAGUGACACCUCCACCUUGACACUGAGCAGUCAGCAGGAUGAUGCCGAGGACAACAGCAUCCACACUGUACCCCUGGAGGAGAAUCUGGAGAGCUGGAGUGAGAUGGCCAGCAUUAAGGUGGACCAGUUCCCGCUGGGACUCCCCACCUCCAACCCCACAGGCAAGGAUGCCAUGACCUUGCAAGGCAUCCCUGAGGGAGCCUUUGAUGAAGUGACUUCAUGCCUGGUGAAGGUGCCAGAGAAGACAGAAGGUGGCAAAAACAUGGCUCUGGUUGAGAAUGUCACCACCCUUCAGAAGAGCCAGGAUCUGUUGGAGGCAGAAAGAGAAAAGAAGACCAUGAUAAAGAAGAUGAUGAGGCAGAUCCAGGAGGAGCCACUGGAUUCUCUCUCAAGCUCCGUCCGCAAGCAGGCCAUGGAGAUCCUGACCCAGCUGAGCCACACCCAGCCCACCCUGGGCGUGCGGGAGAGGUCGGAGCUGGUGAACAUGUGUGUGCAGAGUGUGUUCUCCCUGCCCUCCGUGCAGGCCAUGCAGGAGAAGGAUGAGGCCAAGGCUGAGACCAUCCAGACUCUUUAUCAUCAGACCCUGGAGGCCCUGCAGACACUGCUCAAAGCCCUCUUUAUCGAGGACCCCACUCCUGCUGGGCUGAAGAGCAUCUUGGAGGCCCUGGGGCCUUGGAUGAACUCUGGGAAGGCCCAUGAGCGAGCACGGGCUGUGAACAGCCAUGUCUCUGUGUUGAACUACAUGCUUCUGACUCUGCCUUUCUUUAUGCCCUUGGGGUUCCCGGCGCUGGGGCUUCUGCUGGGGAGACUCAUCCUUCGCAUUGGGGAUCCUGAUGAAGAGAUUGGCCGGGAGGCUCUGGACGGCAUCAUCCUCCUCUACACUAUCCUGGAGCUCCAAAAACGAGCCAGAGAUAAGGAAGAGACCAACAAGAAGGAGCUAUAUGAGAGCAACAAGCAUUUCCUGGGGCCCUACAACCCUGUGAGCCCGUGCCAGAACAUCCUGCGGGUGAUCGCGGUGACUGCCUGGUGCCCAUCCAGCAGCAGAGGGUGGGGGGAAUUUGGAGACUUCCUGGGACCCCAGCAGAUAAAGGACCUGUUGCUGGCAGCCCUGGAAGGGUUGAAAGGCAGCUCAGAGGCUCCAGGGAAGGACUCCAGGGAGAUGAUGCAGCUGGCCUCGGAGGUCAUGCUCAGCUCGGUGCUAGAGUGGUACCGCCACAGGGCACUGGAGGUGAUCCCAGAAAUCAUGCAGGGCAUCUACAUGCAGCUGAGCCACAUCCAGGAGCCUCGGGCCCGCCAGGUGGCCCUGCUGCCCGUCUCCUUCCUGGCCAGCUCCUUCAUGACCGAGGUGGUGGUGGCCCUGCUCAUGUGCCCCCUCCCACUGAACAGCAAUGGAGCAGAGAUGUGGAGGCAGCUGAUACUGCGCAAGCCCAGCUGUGAUGUCCGAGACCUCCUGGAUCUGCUCCUGGGCAGCCUGAAGGAGAAGCCUGUCACCAAGGAGGGCCGGGCUUCCAUCAUGCCCCUGGCGGCAGCCAGUGGCCUGUGCGAGCUCCUGUCCGUCAAUAGCUGCAUGGGCCGUGUGAGGCGCAUCUACCCGCAGCUGCUCCUGGCCCUGCUUAUUCAGGUCCAUUACCACAUUGGCCUCAACCUGCCUGGCUACGUGGCUUUUCCCAAGGACACCAAGAAGGGCGCACAGCCCUCUGCCUUCGUACCUGUGCGCUGGGUGGUGAAAGUGGUGAAAACCCUGCUGCUGAGGAUGGGCUGCUCUUAUGAGACCACCUUUCUGGAGGACCAGCGCGGCUGGGAGCUCAUGGAGCAGGCGGAGAGCCACCACCGCGGAGUGGCCCUGCUGGCAAGGGCCAUGGUGCACUACUCCUGCCAGGAGCUGUGCCGCAUCCUCUACCUGCUCAUCCCGCUCCUGGAGCGAGGCGACGAGAAGCACAAGAUCACGGCCACCGCCUUCUUCGUGGAGCUCCUCCAGAUGGAGCAGGUGCGCCGGAUCCCCGAGGAAUACUCUCUGGGGCGGAUGGCAGAAGGCCUGAGCCACCAUGACCCCAUCAUGAAGGUGCUGUCCAUUCGAGGCCUGGUCAUCCUGGCCCGCAGGACUGACAAGACUGCCAAGGUGCAGGCCCUCCUGCCCUCCAUGGUGAAGGGCCUGAAGAAUGUGGAUGGGAUGCUGGUGGUGGAAGCAGUCCACAACCUCAAGGCCGUCUUCAAGGGGCGGGACCGGAAGCUGAUGGACAGUUCGGUCUAUGUGGAGAUGCUGCAGAUCCUGCUACCGCACUUCAGCGACUCACGAGAGGACGUGCGCUCUUCCUGCAUCAACCUGUAUGGGAAGGUGGUCCAGAAACUUCGGGCACCACGCACCCAGGCCAUGGAGGAGCAGCUGGUCAGCACCUUGGUGCCCCUACUGCUGACCAUGCAGGAGGGCAACGCCAAGGUGAGCCAGAAAUGUGUGAAGACCCUGUUACGCUGUUCUUAUUUCAUGGCUUGGGAGUUGCCAAAAAGAGCUUAUAGCCGGAAGCCGUGGGACAACCAGCAGCAGACAGUGGCCAAAAUUUGCAAGUGCCUUGUGAACACCCACCAAGACAGCGCCUUCAUAUUCCUCAGCCAGAGCCUGGAAUAUGCCAAGAACUCACGGGCCUCCCUCCGGAAGUGCUCAGUCAUGUUCAUAGGGUCCCUGGUCCCCUGCAUGGAGAGCAUAAUGACAGAAGAUCGUCUGAAUGAAGUGAAAGCUGCUCUGGAAAACUUGAGACAUGACCCAGAAGCAUCAGUGUGCAUCUACGCGGCCCAGGUCCAGGACCACAUCCUGGCCAGCUGCUGGCAGAACUCCUGGCUGCCGCACGGGGACUCGUGGGUGUGUUACCCGGCCACCACGCACCACUGGAGCUCCAGCUGUGAGAACCUGCCCACUUCCCACCAGCGGCGCUCCUGGAUCAUGCAGGCACUGGGCUCCUGGAAGAUGUCCUUGAAGCAGUGACGUCCCUGAGCCCCCAACCCUCCUCAGGGUGGUUGAGCUCCAGCCAUGCUCCCUAUAAAUGUCAUGUGGCUUACCUCUC